AUGGGAAUUCAUAAAUUGAUGGAUCUAUUAAAGGAGAAAGCUCCUGGAUGCAUUAAGACAUCAGAUCUAAAAUUCUAUGCUGGCCGUAUGAUUGCAUGUGAUGCCUCUAUGGCAAUGUAUUAAUUUUUAGCAACUACAAGCAGUGCUUCUGAUUUCUAGAUAUAAAAUUUAACAGAUAAAGAUGGCAAUAAAACAGGACAUUUAGUUGGUUUACUUAAUAGAACUGUAAUGCUUAUCGAAAAUGGUCUCAAGCCAGUUUGGGUUUUCGAUGGUAAACCUCCUUAAUUCAAGAGUGGUGAACUUGCAAGAAGACAAAAAGCAAAAGACGAAGCUGCUGAAAAGUAAAAAACUGCUAUAGAAACUGGUGAUAUGUAAGAAGCUUUAAAGCAAGAACAACGUAAUUUGCAUAUUACAAAAGAAAUGAAAGCUGAUGCAAUAAAAUUACUUUAAUUGGUUGGUGUUCCAGUGAUUUUAGCCCCAUGUGAAGCAGAAGCAUAAUGCGCUGCUUUGGCAAAAGCUAAGAAAGUUUUUGCUACUGUUACUGAAGAUAUGGAUGCUCUCACUUUUGCUACACCUUUUCUCUUGAGAAAUCUCAAUAGUAAAAAGGAACCAAUUACAGAAAUAAACUACGAAAAGAUGCUAUAAGAAUUAAAGUUAUCUCAUAAUGAAUUUGUUGAUUUGUGUAUCUUAUGUGGAUGCGAUUAUUUAGGACGUAUAGAAGGUGUUGGCCCAGUUAAUGCUUUCAAACUUAUAACAGAGCACAAAUCUCUAGAGAAAGUUCUUGAACACAUGGAAGAAGUUAACAAACAAAGCACUAAAAAAUAAAAAUAUACAGUACCAAGUUCUUAUGAUUAUGUAUCAGCAAGAGAUCUUUUUAUUAAUCCUGAAGUUACUGAUCCAGAGACUAUUUAGCUUGAAUGGAAGAAACCAGAUGUAGAAGAAUUAAAGAAAUUUUUAGUAGAAGAAAAAGGAUUUAGCGAGUAAAGAGUUACCAGUUAGAUGGAAAAAGUUUUAAAUGCUAAAGAACAUAAAGGUUCUUAAACCAGACUGAAUGAUUUCUUUAAAGUAUAGCCUAAAGAUACAUCAUCAACAAGUAAGGCAUCUAAAAAGCCAACAAAUACUAAAAGUGCAAAUAAAAAGGGAGGAAAAAAAUGA